AUGGAAAAGUCCAUCAGCAACAUAGUUCCCAAUUUCGACAGCAUCGAGAACCUACCGGAUCUCUCCAAAUUCUCGGCUACUUUGGAAUCGGUGCCUCUUGUGGGCAUCUUGAAUUCAACGGUGCAAUACGUAGCAACCACGCUCGGCACAGAUAACAGUAUUGAGGAAGAGUGGAGUUUUUUUGACGAUAUGCCCGGAACUCCUGCCCCUGGGGAGACGACGUCUUUAUUCUCCUACAAAGGCAGUUUCUUCGUCACUAUCGGAAGCAAUGUCUGGGCGAAAACUCCCAGAAACAGUGGAGACCCGGACUUGACGCAGGCUGUGAACAACUGGCCAGAAAUCUUUAAUCCCGGAUGGGAGGACUUGGGUAGCUGCGUGCCGGCCGAAAAUGCAAAGUGCCUUGUCCCUUACAGCAUACUAUCCUCAGACAACACAACCCUAAAAUCGUGGCUUAUCAUGCUAAACGUUGACGGUUCAUUGAGCUACAGCUCCCAGGAGGUGGGGGCAAACAUGCAGUUCAGCUCGCUGCCAUUAGCUAAUGGCACUUCUCCUAAUCUCUUGAAGGCAGCGUACUCAAACGGUUCGAUAUGGGGAUACGAUGCGGAUAUGAUUCUCUACGAGAUUGCUCCCAACGUCGACAGCACGGGAAAUAGCCUUGUGAAUUAUACCAUCAAGAGCCAGAACACCAUGGUAAAUGCCAUACUUGAUCUCACGGCUGUGGACACCGGGCUUGUUGCCGCGCGACAAGAUGGGAACCUCUGGAAGUUGAUCGUCAACCCCCCAGCUGAUGAAAAUUCGGGCCCAACUCAGGCGUGGACUCAGUGGAUCUCCGAGGGGGGCGUGACUAACCUUGGGGCCGCAGCACCUGGUGUCAUUCUCGACCUGAACACGUUGACUUCAUAUUUGAAAGCCUCCUAUAUUGAUACCCAAACUGCCCUCUUCCCGUGCAUCGAGAAUAUCCAGGCAUUCUGCACCAGCCACGGUAUCUACCUGGAGAAACUCAUGAAAUACUCUAAACGGUGGCAGAAAGCUUCUGGCAAUCCUCAGAAACAACAGAAGAUUCAGGACGAAGCUAGUAAAUUUGCAAUCGGUCAUUGCCAGGGAAUCGCCCUACUCUUAUCCAAUACUUUAGGCGCAGCAGACACCCAGGUGACGAACAUGACAAAGAAAUUGAGCCAGGUCAACGAGAAUAUCAACGCGGCGCUGCUCGAUAUUGGCAAUGAGAUUCAAGCCCUGCAACAGACACUUAACGAUGAAGAGCAAGAGCAGAAGAAGCUCACGGCUGCUCUCUGGGGUUCAGUGGCUGCCUUUAUUGUGGGCCUCGGCUUGAUCAUAGCCGCCUUCCUCUUCCCUGCUGCCGCUCCUGUGCUUGGCCCUUUGGGAGGAGCCAUGCUUAUAGGAGGAAUUGUAGCUACAGGGGUCUUCGGGUCUUUGCUGGGGAAGCUAUCACAAGCGAUCGCGGCAAACGAAGGGGCGAUUGCCAACCUAACGGAGUCGCAGACGGACCUCACAAACAUCGGCAACCACUUCGUGAGCCUCUCGAGUCAAUAUGGCGCUUUGGAUUCAUUCUGGACGGUGAUGUACGAUAUCUGCGGGGAGAUCCAAGAUAUGGAUUCAUUGGGCGCAGCUCUGCUGGAGGAUCAGUCCAGCAUUAUCGCGGCAGAGCAAGAUGUCAAGAAAAUCAGCAAAUACAUGGCUCAAUAUGUCAGCAUCCUUGGGUCGCAAGGAAUCACACCUCAAAAUCAAGGCUCAGAGGAGCUCCCAGACAAUCUGCAUUCGAUGCCUCUCAGUGACCUGGAACAGCAUAUCCAGAAAUUAGAGCAAAAUACCGAUCGACAAUUCACCCUUAAACUCGAGGCCGUCAACCGCAUGGUGCACACUGCUAUAAAGAGGCUCGAAGAAGACGAUGUUGCUAGUUAUCUGGCAAUUCUCAAGCGUGCCGCAAAAUUUAACAAACGCAUUCACCACCCGUAUCUGAAAAUAAGCGCUUGUUAA